AUGGAUGACUUACUACUAUUUGUAGCCAAGGACUUUCUUCCCACUGAGCAAUCUGACAACAAUGUCAGUGGGCUUCUACAGGCGCUUUUGGACGACAAUCAACUACUCCAGCUCUACCCUGCCGACGUCUUCCCCUUAACCAAAGACUCUUUCCCCGCCAAACGACGGCUCGUCAACAAAGUCGGAGGAUUUCUACAAGCGCUUUUAGACAAGGAUCAACUUAUCCAAGUCUAUCCGAAACUUCAGUCACUAGCAUACAAAGAUGGGUUCGAGAUCGUCGGGGAAGAGUCUGGCCUGAGUCCUCCAAUCACGCUCUGCGAACCUUGCAAGAAAUUGAUGCAGAAGCCACCAGAGGCUUGCGACUCGGUUGAAUUUCUGGGGGGAAUGUUCCAGCCAACACUAUACCCAAAGUUUUGGAUUCCAUUCCAUACGUCCAUUUCCCAGCUCAUUGCCUGCUGUCACAGCUCGGAAGGGGUUUGUCGAUUAUGCCAUCUAUUUUGGGACCACCUCUGCGGAGAUCUUGCCAGUAGCAACUCUGUUGCACGAGGCGCCGAUUGGUUCAAAAUCAAGAUUGAAGACGAAGGGAGAAUGUUUAGUGUAAAGGAAGAUUUGCAGGAAGACGUGGAAUACGUUGCUAUCAGCUACCGAUGGGGCUCUAACGAGCAGGCCUACAUGCUGAACGCGGACACCCUUGGUGAAAUGAGGCAAAAGCAAUCUAUGCACGAACUUCCCAAAACACUCCGUGAUGUCUGCGACAUCGCUCAUCGCAUGGGGUUCGAGUAUGUGUGGAUCGAUCGGUUGUGCAUCAUACAAGACUGCGACGAGGAUUGGCAUAGAGAAGCAUCGACAAUGGCGAUGGUGUACACGCAAUCAUCGUGUACUAUCGCCGCAAGCUGCGCUCCGGACGAAGAGAGUGGCUGUAUCAAGGAGCGGAAAGCUAUGCGAGUCAUGCUUUUAAGACUGAAAUCAUGUCCACUCUUACGGGGCAACAAUAUCAUAAUUGCACCCGAAAACCCAUACUACGAGAGUGACCUCAAAUUAGGCUAUCUCGCGGACAGAGGCUGGGCCUUCCAAGAAUGGCUUUUGUCUACGCGGGUCAUUCACUUUGGUAGGGACCAGGUGCAUUGGGAAUGUCGGCAGCUAGAGGCUUAUGAGAAGUUUCCAACUGGCAAAAGACAUUGGCUGUCGAGGCCGUUGCUAGAUGUUAAGUCUGUUACAGAAAGUUGGGGGGGAAUUGUCAGGGCAUAUUCAAAGCGGAAAUUCACUUACGACAAAGAUAAACUACCAGGCAUAUCCGGUCUGGCCCAGGCCCUUCAUGAAUUGGCGAGCAAGCAACCCGACACCCAACUCGGCCAAUAUUAUGCGGGGCUUUGGCAGUCAAACUUUAUUCGGUGGCUCUGUUGGUGGGUGCGAUUGAAUGACGAGGCGAGCCUUCCCGACGUGUACAUCGCCCCUUCGUGGUCCUGGGCAAGCUUAUGCGCCGAGAUCGGUCUUCCAAGAAUAGAAGACGACGCAGACCUGGCGGAGUUAAGAGAUAUAAAGUUGAUUUCCGUUUCUAAGAAUGACUCCUAUGCCUCUAUGCGGGAUGGAUGGAUCACGCUAUUUGGUCACAUGAAGCCAGUCCAGGUACAAUUUCAACAUCAGUUUAUACCCACACUUGUCGACUUAGAUUUCGCGCCAUUUCCGUUCACGCACCGAUCGGAAGUCUAUGUUGAUAUUGGAAAACCACUUCCUAGUCCGUUUCGAGGGCCAUUUUAUUACUUGCCGUUAUACAAGGACAGGAACAAAGUGUAUUCCGGUUUAUUACUCAUCCAUUAUUCUUCACUUGAGUGCAACAGGACACGGGUAUCCAAACCGCACACUUCGGGGGGGUUCGAAAGAGCGGGAUCUGCGUGUAUAACGGUCUGGGGCAGCGACAUUGUGGAAAAGUUCGAAGACUGGCUUUCGCAGAGCCCAAAAGAAGAAGUUAUCAUCUACUAG